AGACGCAUAGUUCAGUUGCAUAUGCCCUCUCAAAAAUCUUUAUUUUCUCUGCAAUGGCUCUCAUGGCUGCCAUCUCCACCAUGAUGCCACUCUCCAUCUCCGUUCCCAUCAGCCGGCCUUUAUACAAUCGGCCCCUCGAUUCGCGUACUUGUGCUUCUUUGAGCUCCUCCUCCUCAUCAUCUUCCGAGUCAAAAUCCUCACUGCCAAGAGAACCCAGGCUUCCAUCUGCUACUUCUUCAUCAACUCCCUUAGUUGUUGAGCCCUCUGUACCGCCUGAAUCGGGGCUGAACUAUGCACUAGGGAACCCGAAUGGCAACCCGGUUGCCCGUUUCGUUACGUCCACCGAGUCGACCAUUGAGAGGGCAAUUUUUGACUUCCGCUUCUUGGCACUUCUGGCUGUUGGAGGCUCAUUGGCUGGUUCUGUGUUGUGCUUUCUCAAUGGUUGUGUUUAUAUUAUAGAUGCAUAUAAAAUUUACUGGACAUGCUGUGUCAAAGGGAUUCACUCAGGACAGAUGGUUCUACGACUAGUUGAAGCUAUUGAUGUUUAUCUCGCUGGGACAGUCAUGUUAAUAUUCGGUAUGGGCUUAUAUGGGUUAUUUAUCAGCAAUGUGUCUCCAGAUGCUCCUCCCAGUGUUGAUCAUGCCCUCAAGGGCUCUUCUUUGUUUGGAAUGUUUUCUCUCAAGGAGAGGCCUAAAUGGAUGAAAAUUUGCUCACUUGAUGAAUUGAAGACGAAAGUGGGGCACGUUAUCGUUAUGAUUCUUUUAGUUAAGAUGUUUGAGAGGAGCAAGAUGGUACAAAUUACCACUGGAGUGGAUUUGUUAAGCUAUUCUGUAUGUAUCUUCCUAUCAUCUGCUUCUUUGUACAUCCUUCAUAAUCUGCACAAAUCAGACUAGGGAUGUCUGAUGUACUAUAGCUACCAAUGGAAUGAAUAUCAAACAAUGUAUCAUUGGAGCAUCGUCGAAACGUGAAUAUCCAUGUUCCAAAAGAUUGCCUAUGGGGGAGUGUUUGGAAACAUCUUCAUGAUAACUAUAAAUCAACAAAGUUUGUGUUUUAUACAACA